CUAGGUUGUUUACCACAAGCAUGUGGACGCAGCGAGGCCGAGAUCGGGUGUAGCGCAGCGGACUGGGCAGGGAGUCUAGGCUAUUAAACGAGGCCCGUCUCCGUCUGGUCGAACCGGAAGAUUCCCGUAUUUCUGUCGCCUAUUUACCUACCUCAAGCUUCAGUUGGCUGUUCCUCCUGUUCCGCAAUGCUGUCCACGACCAAAGCUGCGGCCGGACUCGUCCUGGCCGCAGCAGGAGCUCUCGCCUUCGAUGGCGGCGCCGCCAUCGUGACACCCGGCCUUUCUUGCGGUGGUGACAACCCAUGCGCUCCUCAGGUCUCGGCCGUCCCUACCUGUGCAACCAGCUGCAUCGAAUCAGCCGCCAGCAAUCUUGGCUGCGUCGGCGACGACUACAGCUGUCACUGCGCCAAGUACGACGCCAUUCAGAACUCCGCCAUCAACUGCGUGUUGGGUGCUUGCGGGCUCGGGGGUGCCCUGCAGGUCCCAGAUGCCGUCGGUGCCCUCUGCAGCUGCGUGACCGCCAACCCGACCACUCCUUGUAACGAGCCUACGUCGUCCGCCCUUAUCGAGACAACCACCUCAACUAGCACCAUCGACACCACCACUUCGACUUCCAGGCCCCCAAAUCCGACACCUACCUCCGCCUCCUCCUCCCCAUCCUCCUCCUCCACCAUCAUCAAGCCCGAACCCACCCCCACCACUCCCACAACCACGACCCCACCCCCCACAACCUGCCCACACCCCUGCGCCCCCUCUAUCAGCGCCGUCCCCGCCUGCGCAACAAGCUGCAUCGUCUCGGCGGCAUCCGCCGUCGGCUGCAGCGAUAACAACGACUAUCCCUGCCGGUGUGCCUCGUCAGCCGCCAUUCAGCAGUCGGCCGUCGGGUGUGUGCUGGGCGCGUGCGCGCUGGACGAGGCGCUAAGAGUUGUGGAUGCCGUGGGGGCGCUGUGUGCUUGUGUGACGGCUUCGCCGGUGACGGGGUGUGGGGGGGAUGGGGAGGGGACGGGGAGUGUGAGUGUGAGUGUGACUGAAACGGUGACGGGGAGUGGGGGAGGGGGAGUGACGGAGACGGGUACGUCUACAACGGAGGGUGAGGUGUCUUCGUCGGGGUUUGUUACCGAGACAAGGACGGACAAGGUUACGACGUCGGUUUGUGAGAGUAGUGAGGAGACAGUGACGCCUACCGCGGGGCCUACUUGUAGCUUGGGGUGUGAUGGGGGUGAUGGUGACGACGAUGAUGGCGAUGAUGGCGAUGAUGGCAAUGAUGGUGGUGAUGAUGGCGGCGAGGAUGGUAACGACGACGGUAACGAGGAUGGCAACGGUGAUGGUGGUGGCAAUGACGGUUCCGGGGAAGGGGAGGAUGACAAUGAUGAGGAUGACUCUUGGCCUGGACCGAGCCCCUCGAGCUCUCCGAGUGGCAUUCCUGGCGGAGACGGUCAUGGUGGUGACAAUGGCAACGAUAGCGGCGCUGGUGGUGGGUCGACGACCUUGCCGACACCACCGGUCGAAACCGCUGGCGCAUCCAACAUUGCACCGGCUCGGUCUGGGUCUUUGGCGGCCUUAAUUGCCGCGGCUGUUGCCCUCCUCUGAGAGAUCAACAACGGCUGUUUCUUAUCCGCUUAACUCUUGCAAAGUACCUAUCUCAUGGACCUGGUAAUUAGUGGUAAUCUUGCAGCCUAUGAGGUUCUAGAAGCAUAA